UUCAGUCAGGAUGAUGCAGAAACGCUGGUUUAAUCUUGAUAUUCCGAUGGCAGACUUAAUUAAAGUUGAGCCUUUGUCAGUUUCUUUCUCCGGCUCAGGAUAUUUGGCAACCUAUCAGCUGGGGGUGGUCCAGGCCCUUCGGGAUAAUGCACCGUGGGUUCUUCUCCGAGCACCCAGAUUCUACGGAGCAUCUGCGGGGUCACUGGUGGCAGCAGCUGUGGCAUGUGGAGCAGAUAUAGGCCACGUGAGGGAGGAGAUUUUGGCUCUGACCCGUGGACAUACUUUUGGAUUUCCGCAGUUUAACAAGUUGGAGCGUGCACUUAGGCGAACGCUCCCCAGAAAUGCCCAUCAGCUGGCCAGUGGGCGGCUGCAUGUGUCCAUGACCCGCAUCUCGGAUGGACACAAUAUCCUGGUGUCGGAGUUUCACUCAAGGGAGGACUUGAUACGGGCUCUUCUGUGCAGUUGUUUUGUCCCGUUGUUCUGUGGGAUGAUUCCACCUUCCUAUAAAGGAGUGCACUACAUGGACGGUGGUCUGACCAACAUCCAGCCCAUUCAGGACUCCUGCCCCACACUGACCGUUUCUCCUUUUGCUGGAGACGUCGAUAUUUGUCCAUCUGACAAAUCCACCAUCUUCUGCAACCUGGUUGUCAACCAGAUGUCUCUCCAGGCCACCCUGCCCAACUUUGUCAGAGUAGCCAAUGCGCUGUUCCCUCGCGACUGGGAGGCUAUAAAUAAAGCCUUCCACAAUGGAUACCAGGACACGCUCUUCUUUCUGCAGCACAGUCGCUCCUUACGUCCUUACUGUGGUUUGGUGGCUGAGCUGGAGAGUGUCAUGGUGGAACCAAAGGAGUGGAUUCUUCCUCAGCUAGAGUUCACUGAGGAGAAAGAGCUCGAAGAGGAGCCUAAAGAAUUUGCUCAGGAGAGCCCCCUACAGGGGCUUGUGGAGAACAGUAGCCUGGCUAGGGUUGACCACUCCUCUAAUCUGGACUGUAUCAGGGUGAGCAGCCCAGCAGGGCGAGCACUGGAAGUGCUCAUCUGUAACAUCAUGGCUCAUCUUGGAAUGAUCAGUAUUGUCAGUGAUUACCUGCCACCGUGGACAAUGCCAUACCUGCUGCUACCGCUAACGCUAACCAUCUGGGCUACCACCACUUUCCUCGACAGGGUUGAGCCAUGGGUCCUCUACACUUAUCAAGUGGCCUACUGGCUUUGGCAGGACCUGAAGUACAUGAUGCGGUUUAUCCUCAACAUCAUAGUGUCCAGCGUACACCAGGUUGUUCAACACAAGAUGCUGACGCUGUUCAUCAUCCAGACUAAAUACCCGAGUGGUGCAAAAGACCAGCUCAAUGCGUCUUCACCCCUCCGUCAUAAAAAGUCCAUUUUGUCAUCCCACCAUACGCUCCUCUUCACUCUGGAUAUGAGGAAACGGCAGAGAGAGAGCAAACAGAAUGUACCAUAGACCCUCACCUGCUCAAUAACUGCACAUAUGAAAAUACAUUACCAACAUGGAUCACCUUCAGCACUGCAGUGAUACUGACGUGGUUGUGUGUUAGUGUGUGUUGCACUAGUGUGAGUGGAUCAGACACAGCAGUGCUGCUGGUGUUUUUAACACCUCAGUGUCAUUGCUGGAUU